GCAGGGAUCCGUGGGGAGUGCCGAGAAGUGCGCACGCGCACAGACCCUUACGGGCCCUAGCAACCAAAGCGGUGACAGUAGCAACGGCCGGAAUGGCAAAAGCAACAACAAUCAAAGAAGCCUUAGCUAGAUGGGAAGAAAAAACCAGUCAGAAGCCAUCUGAAGCUAAAGAGAUAAAGCUUUAUGCCCAGAUUCCCCCUAUAGAGAAGAUGGAUUCGUCCUUGUCCACCCUUGCUAAUUGCGAGAAGCUUUCACUGUCUACAAACUGCAUUGAAAAAAUUGCCAACCUGAAUGGCUUAAAAAACUUGAGGAUAUUGUCUUUAGGAAGAAACAACAUAAAGAACCUAAAUGGACUGGAAGCUGUAGGGGACACGUUAGAAGAACUGUGGAUCUCCUACAAUUUUAUUGAGAAGUUGAAAGGAAUCCAUGUAAUGAAGAAAUUGAAGAUUCUGUACAUGUCUAAUAACCUGGUGAAAGACUGGGCUGAAUUUCUGAAGCUGGCAGAACUGCCAUGCCUGGAAGAUCUGGUGUUUGUAGGGAAUCCCUUGGAAGAAAAACACUCUGCUGAGGGGAACUGGAUUGAGGAGGCAACCAAGAGAGUGCCCAAACUGAAAAAGCUGGAUGGGACUCCAGUAAUUAAAGAGGAUGAAGAAGAAGAAAACUAAUGCCACAUUUUCUGCUUUGUGUUAACUUAUUUAAAUGUCAUAAGAACAAUAGAUAAGUUUUGUAUAAUUUUCUAUUUUGAAGAUUCUGUGUGGGCCAAAAGGUUUUAGGAUAAAACAAAUAUCUCCAUCCUUUUUUUUUAAAACUAUUCCAUGUUUCUCCCCCAAAACAGUAACACCAAUUUUAUAUAUUCUAGUCCUCUUUUUAGAAACUACAAAUUUUCAAGUUCUGUCUUCAGUUUCAGUUGUGUAUUACGUGGCUCUACCUUCUGAAACCUUUAUAAACCAGUCAUUUUUAACAACAAAGCAACAAAUGUGGUUCUUUAUUCAGUUGUUUAGGGUUUUUUUAGGCCAGGUAUUUAAAUAUAUAUAUACUUUUGAAUCUGUAAAUUAUCUUUCCUGAAGGUCCAUCUCUUAUGACUCAGAAGCACAAAUGUGUCAUGUCUUUGGCUCAAAAGGCAGCAUGGUGAUGAGGAGACUUCCUUUUAGAAAUAUAACAGCCACCCUAGAACAAAGACUCCAAAGUUCAAUUUGGAAAAGCUGUGAUGAAAAAGGGAAAAAUUAAUCUUGGAAGUCUUACAACCCAUGCUAUAUUUGCUUAUUUGUUUUUCCAAAACUGUGUGCAUUGUCAACUGGAAUUUAGGUUGUGUUUACAUGCAUAGCCACUUUAGUCACUGUACCCAGUGAGUCAGUUGUUCUGUGAUCCAGGUCAGUGGUUAAAGUGACUAUCAUGAUCAUUCCUUUGACCAAAACUGUGGCCAUGUUACUCAUGUGGACCUGGUCUUAGGCACACUUUUUGGUUUAUAGCUCCUUAUAUACUAUAGAAGAAAACACAUAUAAGCAGUAGCUAUGUUUGAAUUCCUAGCCUAAAUGUUGGCCAUUCAUGUAAGAAUUUUGGUCUGUUGACCUUCACAUCAGAGAAGUGAUUGUAUAGGGUAUAGAAUUUAAAGACUGGAUUUGGUACCUUUCAAUGAAUAAAAUUUAGUAUUUCAAAAUAUACUUUUAGAAAAGUUCUUAGUUAAACAGCACUUAAAAUGAAUUAUGUAAGUGGUGGUAGAAGGAAAAGAUUAUGGGAUCCCAGACAAAUGGCAAUAUUUUUGAGGAUUGCAGGUGAUUUAACUUCAAAAUUGCAAAGCAGUCAUUGGAUGCAGAGCUUAGAAUUUAUCACAUACGAAAAAAAUCCUUUUUGGAAAAUGCAAGGUAAUGGUAGUAGUAACCAGAUGAAGUCCAUAGCAGGCUGUGAGAAUCACUGAUAGAUUGCAGAAAAGAAGUCAGAGGCCCUCUGCCAAAUUGUGCCUAAAGUCCCUCAACCAGAGACUAUUGAUUCUUAUUUCCCCAUUUACUUGUGUAAAAUGAAAGAGGGGAGAGUUAUUUUUUUAAAAGUGACUGCAGAAGUAAUUCUAGGUAUCAGAAGAUUUCAUCUAUUAUUUAAGAAUUACAUGAUUUCCCUGAGUCACUCUGAUCAAAAGGG